CUCUCCGGUCACGUGGUAUGACCGAGUAGGACAGCCAUCUUCCCUAAAACACAAACAACAAGAGCGUACUAGACAUCAACACGCAGCGACCAUUGGCGAGAGAGGGAGAGCAAAAAACGGUGAAACACGAUUCUCGAGGAGGAGCACAGAACACAAACAACUGCACAUGCAUCCAAAGUGAAUAUAAUAGACUUUAAAGGGGCGACUGGAUAGUACAAAUUGCAUCGACGGCUCCAGAAAUACGAUAAAGGAGGGAGAGAGGGAUUGUUGGAGUAAGGAGGGGGUCACCAGCUGGGACCUGGUCCACACAGCAUUGCCAGUACCACAAAAAAAUACAGGAAGACACGCAGAGAAAAGAGAAAUUAGCUUUUGGGGGGUUAUUACUGCUUCUGGCAGCUGUAUUAUCUACUAAUUAGUUUAGUUUGUUUUUUGUCAUUUUUGAUGUUUCCUGCAGUAAAUCCCCUUUAGCCGUCACUAUCAAAUCUGCAUUUUUUUUGCAGUCAAACAGGUAUUACACAUUUUAAGGAUUUUUGAUUACAUUUUUUGGUUUCUGCUUGGUUUUUAUCUGCGUGUUGGCUGAAAACAGAAGAGCUCUUUACUCGCAUCUGACCUUUAGGAGAUUUUGCUUGUCUGCACACAACUUGAAUAAGGCAGCUAUAUUCCUUCUCAGUCUAAUUCAGUUUAACUUUAAACACCCACAUACACACAUACAUACACCUGUUGGCCUUCUCUCCCAAACCUGGUCCAACCUAGUCUCGCCUGCGCCACUUCCCUGGACAGGAUUUUCCCCUCUGAGAAGGAAGGAAGAAUAUGACUGCUGAAACACUUAACUUUGGCCCAGAAUGGCUCCGUGCACUUUCCAGUGGAGGCAGUGUGUCUUCCCCUCCUGCCUCUCCUGCUAUGCCAAAGUACAAGCUGGCCGAGUACCGUUAUGGCCGAGAGGAGAUGCUAGCACUUUAUGUCAAAGACAACAAGGUUCCUGAAGAAAUGCAGGAUAAGGAGUUUGCUGUUAUUCUUCAGGAUGAACCUCAGCAGCCGCUGGCACUGUUGCCUCUCACUGAGGAGGAGCAGGUGAGACAAGCAGACGAGAGGAACUUUUCCAUGUCUGUCAAUAGUGUGGCUGUGCUGAGGCUUAUGGGUAAAACGAAUGGAGCUGCGCCUGCUGGGGUGAACCGAGGUAGAGGCAGCGUGCGAGGCGGCCGGGGACGAGGAAGGGGCGAGGGGGGGUUCUACCAAAGAAGUGGUGAGGAAGUAGAGGGUGGUUUCGGUCGUGGUGUUCGAGAGAUCCAUCGUAGCCAAAGCUGGGACGACAGAAGUGAGAGACGUUUUGAGAAGCCCCUCCGGAGGGAAGGGGUGCGGCUUGGUUUCGAGGAGGCAGGUUCGGUCGGAAGAAAGGAGUUCAUGCGCUCUGACAGCGACAACUGGCGUACGCUGAGAGAAGAGCAGGAGGAGGAGGAGAUGGGAGAGGCCGGAGGCAGCUGGAGACUCGCUGUUGCAAGAAGAGAUGAUGGUGGUCCUCGCUCAGCUGGGUGGCGGGAACACGUUGCCCCCGGUGAAGUGCGCCGUAGGAAGUUUGAUUUUGACUUCCGCGAUGGAGGGAACGAGGGAGGCCGAAGAAGAGCAGGAAGUGAAGGAGCAGAAGAAGAAAGAGAUGGUUUGCCAGAGUGGUGCACAGAUGAAGAAGAUGGUGAAAUGGGAACCUUUGAUUCUUCUGGAGCGUUUAUGUCUGUUAAGAAAAGCCCAAAAGACCCCAUUCCAGAAGAGGACUUUGAGUUCCAGGGGUUGGAGGAUGAGGAAGAUGAUGUUCCUAAUCCAGAGAAGAGCAACGGCACUAGAGCAGAGAAGAGUGAAAAAGUUGUGAUUGAGACUGCUCUGGCAUCUGACACUGAAGUGAAGCCAAUCUCUCCCUCUCCUCCUCCGUCUCUUCCCCCUCCUCUUUCAUCUCCUGUUGUUGAGGCUGUGCUAUCUGCUGCCCCCUUGGGCCUGGAGGAGCCUCAACCUGCCCCCUCCAAUCCCAGCAAGCUACCAAGUGAAGUGUUAUCAGAGGCCAUGCUAGAAUUGAGCCCCAGUGCCUCCUCCAGUCUGCCUUCAUCGCCGCCCUCCAUAUCCUCUGCUGCUACUGACCUCCCACCACUGGGGGGCGAGAUUGAGGAUGAUGAGGGCAUGAAGCACCUGCAACAGGAGGCAGAAAAGAUGGUGGCAGCGCUCCAGGACACAUCUCUAGAGGAAGAGUGUUUUACGCAGACUCUUCAGGAGAGCAGGAACACGGCCUCUGCUCUUCCUCUCUCCCACGACUCUGCCAUGAAAUGGUUUUACAAAGACCCACAAGGAGAGAUUCAGGGUCCAUUUAGUACAGUGGAGAUGUGUGAAUGGUUUCAGGCGGGAUAUUUCACAAUGAACCUGCUUGUUAAACGUGGUUGUGAUGAGGGCUUUCAACCUCUGGGGGAAGUGAUUAAGAUGUGGGGGCGUGUGCCUUUUGCCCCUGGCCCCUCCCCUCCACCCCUCCUGGGUAAUAUGGAUCAGGAACGUCUGAAGAAGCAGCAGGAAUUAGCGGCUGCCACCGCUCUUUACCAGCAACUCCAGCAACAGCAGCUGUUCCAGCUCAUCAACAGAUGUGGAGAGCAGGGAAUGAUGCCUUCAUUGAACAGGUCGAUGUCAGUGCCAGAUACAGGGUCCAUGUGGGAUACCAUGAUGCAUACCUCAGCCUCACUGCCAGCAGCAGGCGGUGAGGCCAGUUUAUGGGAUUUAAUGAAUUCUUCAUCUCAGGGUCCAAUUCUAGAACAGCUUCAGAAGUUACAUGAAAGAAGAGAAGCUGAACUCAGGGCCAAGCAGCGUGAGGAAGAGGAGCGGAAACGGAGGGAUGAAAAAAGGAGAGAAGAGCAGAAAAGAAGAGAGGAGGAGGAGCUUUAUAGACGCAAGCAGCAACAGGAGUUGCUGAUGAAGUUGCUCCAGCAGGCUCCGCGCCAGGGGUCCUCAGGUUCCGGGUCCAGCUGGAACAGCGGACCCAUUCCUGGGCUGGGGAAACCGAGCAAGCCCCUCAACCUUCUGGACAUCCAGCAGGAAGCUGAGAGAAUGCACAAACAACAGCACAGAGUCCAGCAACAGCAACGGUGGGGUGACGCAUCUGCGAUGUGGGGAGCCGGACCUUUGGAUGGAAAGGUGAGUGGUGGUGGCAGCCCCUCAGGAACGGGGAUGGGCAUCUGGGACGAGGCCCUUAAGAACCAGAGCGCCUUGCGCAACAACAUGGGCCUGAAGAACAGCCGCAGCAGUCCAUCGCUCAGCGAGCAGUACAUGAUGAGGGGCCGCAAACGCACAGAGGAAGAGGAGCGGCUGUUAAAACUCCUGCAGGGGGUGAAGUCUCAAGACGGCUUCACCACCUGGUGUGAACAGAUGCUGCAUGCUCUUAACACCUCCGCCAAUAAUUCCUCCUCCUCCCAGGAUGUUACCGCCAUUGUGGCGCACCUAAAGGAGGUGGAGUCUCCGUACGAGGUGUUAAACUUCAUCUGCUCAUACCUGGGUGAUACCGUUGAAGCCAAAGAGUUUGCCAGACAGUUCCUGGAGCGCCGUGCCAAACAGAAGGCUAACCACCAGAGGCAGCAGCAGCAGCUCUCCAAAGAGAUGGCUGGACUUACCAUGAACAACUUCCCUCUGCAGGAUACUGUACGAGGAAUGAACCCCAGUGCCCUGCAGUCUAUGUUUCAAGCAGUGCAUUCUGGGAAGGGAAGCAUGGUUUAUGAUCAAGCAGGAAAGUUAAAGAGAAAACAGAUGCCGCACACUGACCCAAGCAUCUUGGGGUACUUUAAUGGUGGCCCUGAUCGGUAUGUUCUUAAUGAGAUGGAAAUGGUCGAGGAUUACUGAAUCCACAGCAAUAGCUACAAGAGGCCUUUAAACCCGCGGGUCCACCUAAUCAGACUCCGCAAGUCGAAUGUGCACUGCUUUGAGGGGAUUGGGGGGGUGGGGGGGUUGUAAGCCAGGAGUAAGAUAUCAGUUUUGCGGGAGGGGGGCGGUGUUUCAGAAGAAUGUAAUUUAACAGGGAAGGGAACAGGUGUACAUUUAUUUUUGUGUGUUGUGUGUGGCGGGGAUGGUAAACUUCUGGCACUUACAGCAUUAAGCACCUUACACUCAGACUAAUGCACUUUAUUAAGAUUUGAAUAGUCGUUUUUUUUCUUUUUGAGAAGAUUUACACGUGUAUGUAUGUGGUAGGCUUCAUAAUUAUUACCACAUACGUAUACUCUGUGUGUGCGUGUGUGUGCGCGUGUGUGAAUGUGUUGAACCAGAACUGGAGUUUGUACUGGGAGGUAACAGUGGCGAUUGGGGGACCAUUGCGUGUUUCAGUUCAGACAUUAUAAAAAAAAAAACAUCCUCUCUUUAAAGACAAACACUGUUGUUUUGUUUUAUAUAUAUAUAUAAAUAUAAAUAUAUAAAGUUUCUAUAAAAAAACAAAGCUAUUAAAAAAAUGUUGAUUAUAAAACUUGAAGAUUUGCACUCAAAUAAAAUGCAAGAUAAAAAGAAAAAAAAAAGAAAUGCGUUAGAUAUUACAGAGAUGAUAAAUAUUUUUGUGAUCGCGUGCCUGUGUAUGUGUGUAUUCACGCGCGUUUGUCCGAAAGAUGAGAGUGUGCGCAUUCAAAACAUACCAGUCUGCACAAUGUAUUUUUUUUUAUCGCUUCGACGUAUGAUCAAAAGAGGCCAUUUUGUCAUUUUGGAGUGAAUUGUUUUGUAUUUUGUAAACCGAAUGUGUGGAUGUGAGCACUUCUAUAUGGGGAAACUGUGUGUAUUACUCCUCUUGUGAAUGUGCAGUGUUUGUAUGCGAGUGAAUGAAUGAAUGAAAGGCAGAGAGAGAGAGGGGCAACGGCACAACACAUCCUCUUUCACCAGCCCUUCAUUCCCCAACAAAGAAAAACCUCUAGAUUCAAACACAAAAGCUUUAGCCCAUUUUUAUGCCAACCAGCACUCUUAUUUUUCAUGGCGGCGAGCGCGAGUCCUUCUUCCUGUCUCCGCCGCCUCAUCGUUGCCUCUGUGAGGUUUAUGAACAUCAUUAGCAUCAUCUUGUUUAAAAUGUCUGUACCUUUAAGAUCUAAUAACUUGUGUGGUACAUUGUGUUUUUGAUUUUUUUCUGUCCCCACAUGUGUGCCUAAGAACUAAAGGGCAAAUGAUUAUACUUCAUUGCUGCCAUUGAGACAUUAUUUUUAACAGAGGGUGUGGUUUUGUGCGAGACACACCUCUCAUGCUUGUAAACCAAGAGCCUAGCUCAUUAUCUGUACAGUUUCAGUGUAGCCUGGGGAUGCUUUGAUGAACGAAAAUGUUGUAUGAUAUUAGGAGGAUGUGACCUAACAUUGCCUUUCUGUCCACUCUCUUGCUCUCGAGUGACUGAGGUUUUGACUAUUUCUGGCUGAAAAAAAAACGAUCGCAUCAAACUGUGCAAGUGCACUCGGUAGUGCACGAAUUGUUUAUAUAUUUUGUUACUUGUUCAUUAUUGUUGUCGAUGACAAUGAUGGUGUUUGUUUUUAUUUUAUUGUUAUAUAUAUAUAUAUGAAUCUAUAAAUAUUAACAAGUUAAAAGUAUUGGACUACAAGGAAGAGCACUUGGGGCUGCUACUUUUUUUGUUUUUGAAUUUUCCUUGGAUUUUAGUUGCCACCUUGUGAAGUGCAUUUCUGUACUUUUUUUUCUUUCUGAGAAACAUUGAAUGUAUUCCAAAAAAAUAUUUACGGUGAAGAUGGAGUCGCUCAACACAGGAUAUUAAUCCCGACAUGGCGGACAUUAAAUGGAGUGAAAUCAAAGUAGUUUGAACUAUCUUCACGUCGGCUACCGCAAAAACACACUGCCUCUACAAUCCUGUUCAAACAGACUUUAGACGACAACAAAAAAUGAAAACUUACAAAAAGCUAUUUUAUUCCAUACUGGAGUUUUUGUUGUUUACAAACCACACGGACAUUGUGGAUGUUUUUUUCCUUCAUUUUUGUGGUGAUUGACUAUGCGAUUCUGCAGUUUCGAAUCAUUUUGUUGAGGGGGAUUUAAUGGCAUGACAUCGGACCCCUCGCGUGCAUGUUGAUAUAAGCGCAGCCUAUAUAACUCGCUGACUGAAACAAACUUGGAUCGCCAGAACACAUUUAUUGGAAUGGAUUCCUUUAUGUACCUUCAUAUUACGAAGGGGCGCGUUUAAACAAAAAAGUCCAAACAAAGCGACAAUUUUUCGUUUACUGAUCUUCUGUUCUUCGUUUACCUUCGGCUAAUUUUCUUAUGAUGGAAUCAAGACAGACGAAAUGCUUUAUGGCAAAAUCAGCACAGAUGACCUCUAGGUACUUUGACAUGCAUCCAUUCAGUGCUUUAACAUUUUUCCCAAAUCUGUGGAUUAUUUUUUUGCUGUGUUGAACAGAGACAACGAGGACAGAUGGACAUAUCUGUGAUGGAUGUAGAUUAGACAUGAUCUAUGUAUGACCUCAAAUCUGCAAGAUAAUUCCUUGGACAGUGUGAACACAUUUGAUUAUUUUUGUAUGAUGUUUUUGUUUUCCCCAGCCUUCUCGUUGGAGGGUGGAAGGGUUGUCAUUAUCAUCACCACCACCAAGUUAACAAAAGGGACUUGCACUGCCCUGAAACCCUCACCUAUGCACUUUUCAUUUGCUUCAUACUGUGAGGAACCUUUACUUCGGGGAGCACAGACAAGAACGCGAGAUGUCCGCUGUCUGUAUGUGGACGGACGCUUUGCCACCCAUAGAUAAACUCGCAUGCGAGAAUGAGAAUUUCGUGGUGUUUCUUCACCAAUCAAACUCUUACUAUAGACUGAAAACGUAUGUUGCAGAAAUGUUGGGACAUUGGACUUUUCCCAUGGAUUUUCACUGAACAAUGUUGAUAUUAAACAAGCAAUCUUCAAGCCUGCUUACGGUUUGGAGAUUCCGAACAGUUUUACUCGAAACAGCGUUCUCCGUUAUGUUUAAAAGGAUUGGUCCAGGGUGCUAGCCAACACGAUGCUUUUGUGGACUUGAAUUGUUUAUGUCAUGACUGAAAAAGACUUGGAGGACAUUUUUUGGGGGGAGAUAAAGAACCAAUAAGCUUUGUCAGCUCUACCACCACCUGCUGACUGCAUGGCUGAAGUUCUAAGACCUUUGGCUUGAAGUGAUCACAGCGCUACAAGACCGUCUGUUUGAUCUUUGCUGUUCCAGAUUGAGAGAUGAAGAUGGAGGGUCUCCAUUACUUCGUUCAUCUGCAUCUCUUCUCUCUUCUUCUUCUCACCUAUCAAAAGUACAUGUCAGUUUUACGCCAAGCUUGGGAAUUUUCAGUCUGCAACUGCACAGCAAGAACUAUAAUCCCAAGAGGCCGUUUCCUCAAACCAUGGCACUAUAUUUGGACUACAUAAGAAACAUGGUUUCAUUUCCUUGGUGGAAGAGAACUGUGACUGGAAAUGUAAGAUGUCAGACGUGCACAGACAGUGCUGUUCAAGUGCAGCCAGGGUUGACUUUGCAAACACUGCACACACACGUUGAAUAACUACCUGUAAUACAGGCCUUCAUCAUACACCUAACACGAUCUCAUAUACACUGAUACGACUCCACACAGUCCCACUUAAUCUCUGGCUGCAUUGUACAUAAUGUAUAUAAGUCUUUAUCAUAAUAGCUGUUGGGUUUUCCGGUUUGUUUUGGAUUAUGUUUUUCUUAUGACAUGCCUUAAUUCACUUCAGCCAAUGAAGGCGCACUUAAAGAUAAACAAAAAACUGUCAUAGAGACUAGCUGGAUGACAUAAUGGUGUGUUUUUAGUUGAGGAACCUCAUACAACAUUGUGUUUUGGACCUGCUAUUCCCUCUCAUACAGACUGAAUCAUUUUAGGAUUACACAUGAUCAUUUGCUGUGUAAUUGAUGACCUGAAUUACUUGCUGGUUAUAAUUGGCGAGUAUAUAAAAUUCUUUACAGAUAUUGCUACCUGGCAUUUAACCAGUUUUUGCUUUUUAUUCCUAAUACUAAUGUUGGUUUGGAUUGGAAAGCUGUUCCUGGAGCAGCACUGUUGAUGUUUAUAGAUAUAUAAUGACUGACUUUGUGACCGAAGUGAAGUCUGAACCUAAAUCAGUAUGGCUAUAGGCUCAGAGUUUGUACUGUAUUUGAGAGUCUAGAAUCAACACACUUGUUUGUUUGUAUGUACCGUAUUUAUUAGGAUAUGAAAAGCAAAAAUGGUUUCCAGGUCAGUCGUGUUUAACAAAAAAAUUUUUUGUAUCUUACCAGAAUAGCAGUGGUUGUUUAGAAAUACUAUAAGUGUCAGCUACAGGUAUUAUAAAGAUAUGAUGAAUUGUAAUUUGAUGAGAAAAGUGAUACAGAUUAUUUUAGUAAGACAUUGUCUUUAUAAGUUAAUUAGAGGGAUGACAUGCCUAAUAUGUAUGAAAACGAAUGACAAUAUGUGUUGCUUGCUCAUAUUUAAAGAUCCAUUGUGUAAAAUGCAACACUCUACUGUAUUAAUUGCAUCACAUAAUAAGAGCAGAUCUUUCAUCAUUCAUGUCAGGGUAAUCUACAUAUUAACCGAUGCAAAGAAUGACCCAAAGAAAGAGUAGUCUGGUGUAUAAUGAGAGCCCUUUAACUGGUCAUCCUUACUAUAAUACAUGUUGAUACUAUGGUUGGAUGUCUUAAUAUGUCCAGUAAAGCAAACAUUUAAAGAAGGCCACUAGAAACUAUUUGGAAAUGAAAAGGUUUGAAUAUUCAUAAUGUAAAUAGAUUUUUGGGGUUUCUGGUUUGUUUGAUGAAAAAUAAUAAAUAUAUGUAAGAAUGA